CCAGUUUCCCACCACCACCUAUAUAUAUAUAUAUACCGCAACUACUAUAUUUGCAACACAUCGAGCAUUACACUUCUCAAGUGAUUGCAAGAAAAUACUUUACUUUCUUCUGCCCUGAACCAGCAGUCUGAAAUUCCUCAUUCAUCCUCGCAGUCUUCCAAAAUGGCCAUCCGUCUCUUGAGUAUUUCUAAUGCUAAGCGGGUUCUUCGGCGAUCACUUUCAAUAGGUAGAGAAGGAUCAUCAUCGAAACCCCUGAAAGGCCAACUAGCAGUUUAUGUUGGAGAGGAAGAGAAGAAGAGAUAUAUGGUGCGGAUAUCAUACCUGAACCAUCCUUUGUUCCAGGACCUGCUUAGCAGAGCCGAGGAAGAAUUUGGGUACGAUCAUCCCAUGGGCAGACUCACUAUUCCCUGCACAGAGGACACAUUCCUUGAUCUCCUUUCUCAGUUGAGUGAAUUAUGAGAUGAGAGAAGUAGAAACAGGCUAGAACAAUUUUGUGCACUGGAUCGGGGAAAUAGCUGUACAGUUCUUGUAUUCUUUUACUCAUGUACUAUAUCAGUCUCUCGAAUGAAAUGAAAUGAUAACCCAUGUUCAAAGCA